AAAAAUAAAUGGAAUAAAUAAAUAAAUACACAACAAAAUAAUUGACUUUGUCUAGGCCACAUCAUGUGUGAGCAUUGCUCAAACUAAAGUUCAUCUUUUCACAGACUGACUUAUGGGGACUGUUGGCCAUGGAUACAGCAGAUCAGUUAAACAUGACUCAAGUAGAGGAUUCACAGCUUCACGUUAAAUCCUCCAACUGCUGCUCAACUACAGGAACAAUCAAUGGUGAGAGCUUUUUAAAGCUGGACGACAGCACAAAGCUGGUCGGAGUUCAAGUUAUUCUCAUCUUCGCUUACAGCACAAUCAUAUUGUUUGGGGUCAUUGGAAACUCCUUGGUGAUAUACGUCGUCUACAAGUUUAAAAAUCUACGGACUGUGACCAAUUUCUUCAUUGUGAACUUAGCUGUGGCGGACCUGCUGGUGAACACACUGUGUUUACCUUUCACCCUCGUCUACACUCUCUAUGGUGAGUGGAAGUUUGGUCAGGUGUUGUGCUUCAUGCUGCCCUGUGCUCAAGGCAUGGCCGUGCACGUGUCCACCAUCACCUUGAACAUCAUCGCCCUGGACCGCCACAGGAGCAUUGUCUACCACAUGGAGACCAAGAUGUCCAAAGACAUGUGCGCUGUGGUCAUUGUCAUCACGUGGGCCAUCAGCGCCCUGUUGGCCAGCCCGCUCGCCAUCUUCAGGGAGUACGGGACAUUCGAUCUAUCACCGGACGAGUCUAUUCAGGUGUGUACAGAGAAGUGGCCAGGAAGCAGCAUGAACGGAAGCAUCUACAGUAUAUCAAUGCUUCUGGUUCAAUAUGGCUUACCACUGGCCAUUAACUCUGUUGCUUACAUCCGCAUCUGGAAUAAACUGAAGAAUCACAUGACCUCUGGAGGUCGAAGUGACCGCCAUCAGCGCAGGAAGAAGACCACUAAAAUGCUGCUUACCAUGGUGGUGGUCUUUGCUGUCAGCUGGCUACCUUUCCAUGCGUUCCAGUUGGCUGUUGACAUCGACAGCACUGUGCUGUAUAUGAAGGACUUCAAGCUGCUUUUCACUGUGUUCCAUAUUGUGGCAAUGUGCUCGACGUUCGUCAACCCCAUCCUGUAUGGGUGGAUGAACAACAACUACAGGUCGGCCUUUUUGUCUGUGUGUAAGUGUUACCCGCUCUUCAGUUUGAGGUCAAGAUGCUCUAAAGACAGAGACACACAAAAAGAGGAAGACAGGGUUUGCACGGUUUACAAAUCAACAAAUGUAUAA